AUGAUCAUGCUCUCGUCGUGCCAAGAUCGUUCAGCUAUUGACCGAAUCUCGACUGCUCUUCAGCAAAAAAUUCAACAAAAUAAGCGACCCGGCUCACCGAUUCUCACCGAAACCCAAUCCAAGAAAACCCCGAUCUUCACAGCUGAUUUAUUCAAGAAUGAGACUAGUCUUGAUGUCAAAUCAGUAAUCGUGCCUAUUUCUGAUUCGAUUAAAGAAGAAUUGUCCUCAGAUUUGUUGAAAGCCGAGCCAGGAUCGGAUGCAGCUGAAGAAGAGCAUUUCUCUGAUUCAGAGAGCUCUCAAGGUACAAAUGAAGAGUCGGGUUCAACUGAAUGUAUUUCCCCUGGUCCUGCAAAUCCGGCAGAUGUUUUCUGUUCAGUUCCCGGUCGACUUUCAUUACUUUCGUCUACUUCAAAAUACAAGGUCACUGUGGCUGAGUUACAACGACGCCUCUCUUCACCCGAAUCAUUGAACGCUUCGAUUCUCGGCGGAAUCUUGAGAAGGGCAAAAUCGAAGAAUGGGGGAAAAUCGUUGAGGGAUUCUCUUGAAAAGAUCGGAUUGUCGUUGCCGGCUGGAAGGAGAAAAGCUGGAAGUGUCACGCUGUUGACAUCGCUCGUUGAAGGAGAAGCUCUUCAUCUUGCCCGUGAUUUCACCUACGUUUGCAAUGCGGAAUUCCCAGCGGCCACUCUUGCCGAUCACUCGCAACGAUGGAAUGAAGAGGAUCGAGAACGACGAAGAGACACACUUCGAGCUGCCAAAACAAUUCUUCGAGAGUUCACCGAUUUGCUUCAAGCUGAUCGAUCACCGCUACAGAAUCAGAGACCUGAACCGAUUCUCGAUGAAACCACACAGUCAGCGUUGACCGGCUUCUCGCUGUGCACUCACGGAUUUGGGACACCAGCAGUUCUUGCUGCUAUGAAUUGCUUGCAAAAAUACAUCGCUGAAAGUCUCGAUCGAGUGGCCGAUCCCCCAAGCGCCGCUCCAACUCUCGUCACUCCCACCGCAAUUCCAACUAUGGUCCCCGGCAUCGACACGGCUUCAAUUCUUCAAGCCAACCACCCAUUGGCGAUGCUUCUCCACGCCGAGCUUCUAAAACUCAACAAUUUCAGCAGCUUACAGAAAUUC